CCAUUUCCUUUUUCUUCUUAGUUCUCCACUUUUUUCUUUUUUGCAGUUUUGUAGGUUCCCAGUUUCUAUGGAUUUGUAAACUCUGUCCAUUUUGCUGCGAAUUCGAUUUCAUAUCAGCCUAUAUUGAAACUCGUCCUGCUUCUAGAUCCAUGUCAAUGCCUCAUGAGGACAGUGCAUCUUCACAUACUCAGCUUUCAUUUAAUUUGUUUGGUGAUCUCCUGGAUUCCGUGAUUGCCGAUGUUGCAUCGGAAUGUCAUCGAAUAGCAAGGUUAGGUCUUGAUCGUAACUUAGAAGAGGAAGAAGAAGAACUAAGACUUUCAGCACAGGCACGUGAAAGAGUAGCUGAUUCUUGCAAUAGCAGUGAGGCAAAUGGGAAAUAUGUAGUUGAUAUUUUUGGACAAACUCAUCCUUCUGUCGCGAACGAAAUAUUUGAUUGCAUGAAUUGUGGUCGAUCAAUCAUGGCUGGGAGAUUUGCCCCUCACUUGGAGAAGUGCAUGGGAAGGGGUCGAAAGGCUCGUCCCAAAGUAACAAGAAGUAGUACAGCUGCACAGAGCCGGGGAGGAGUACUCAAAUGGUACAUCCGAAGACCCAUGAACAAGAAAGAAGGGACCAUCGUGCGGUGCCUGGAAGCUUAUGAGACCUGAAUGGCUGAUGUCUUCUGUGUGCAUAUUGAACAAGAGUUUUGUUCAGAUACGUCUCUCUCAUACAAACAAUUCUUAUUUCUGCAAUACAAUUGCUUUGAAUUUUCGACUGCCAAACUUUUCAAUUCUUAAGCUAAUAACAAAGGAAACGUUUGGUAA